AUGGCUUACCAGCCCGAUUAUUUCUAUCGAGCUAAGCCUAUAACUAAGCUCUUAAUAGAUGUCUAUUUUAACCACCUUGCUAAUAAUAGGAAACAUGUACCAAUGAACAAUGAGGAUCCUCCAAAAGCACAAGGGCCCCAAUAUCCUGGCGUAACCGAUGUCCCCGCACGAUCAAGGAUUGCACCAGUGAUUGGAGUUCCGGUAAGGCCUGCAAAGCUAAUACAGAACAACACCAUGCCUAACCAGGUACCUGCAACACCUAGGCUGGGCACAAAUGAGGCGACUGUCGCAGGCAAGAUGGACACGUAG